ACUAAUUGAGUAGGUAUAGAGAUUCUGAAAGUGAAAAAUAAACCUAAACAAAAAGGUCUAAUUAAGUUUGUAAAGUCUUUGAUAAUACACAUUCUAGUAAGUUUUUAUUGAAGCUUUAAUAUUUCCUUCUGUAAGCGUCCCUUAUUUAAAUAUUGGCGACAAAUUGAGAGUGAGAACGCCUUUAUUUAUAUAAAACGAAAUGACGUCCGGACCUUAUAAUUACUCAUAUAUAUUUAAAUAUAUAAUCAUUGGUGAUAUGGGGGUUGGAAAGUCAUGCCUUUUACACCAAUUUACAGAGAAAAAAUUUAUGGCUGAUUGUCCUCACACAAUUGGUGUAGAAUUUGGUACUCGAAUAAUUGAAGUUGCUGGUCAAAAAAUAAAGCUACAGAUUUGGGAUACAGCUGGACAGGAAAGGUUCAGAGCAGUAACACGUUCUUACUACAGAGGAGCAGCUGGUGCUCUGAUGGUGUAUGAUAUAACAAGAAGAUCAACCUACAAUCAUCUAAGUAGCUGGCUUACAGAUACUCGCAACUUGACGAAUCCAAGCACAGUGAUUUUUCUUAUUGGAAAUAAGUCUGAUUUAGACGGCCAAAGAGAUGUUACUUACGAAGAAGCCAAACAGUUUGCUGAUGAAAAUGGAUUAAUGUUUGUUGAAGCUAGUGCUAAAACGGGUCAGAAUGUCGAGGAGGCGUUUCUCGAAACGGCGAAGAAAAUUUAUCAAAGUAUCCAGGACGGGCGGCUUGACCUGAACGCGGCAGAGUCGGGCGUGCAGCACAAGCCGGCGUCGCCCGGACGCCCCCUGGCCGCGCCGCCCGCCGCGCGCGACCAUUGCGCCUGUUAACUCGCCCGCACGCCCUUCGAAUAGUGAAUAAACGCUGUAAUUAUCUUCAAUGAAAUUAUUUUUGACAAAUGCGGUAGCGAUAAACGCCUGUAUCGCGACUAUUUUCGUGCCGGUAGGCGUGGCUAGGGAAGCGACUUCUGUCGUCGAGGUCGGUUCUAAUAAGCAUUUUAAAACUGCACACUAAUUGAAAUAAAUUUAAUAAAAUUAUCUGACAUAUCACUGCUGCGUGAUGGUCUCCUCUGCUGUAGCGGUAAUUGAUUUUACAUUUAAACAGUUUCCCUCUAGGUGAAUAAUGAAAUCACAAAUUUAAACUUCAAAUAAGAUUCUUAGCUGCAUUUUCAUGCCAGCCAUGAGGCCAUCUUGAAUGCAGUGUAAUGUUUUGUAAUUUUAAUUGGUCUUUAAUUACAAGCAGUCGAACAUAUUAUAGGUAUAUAGGCUCAUAAUAAAAUAAUAGUUGACGUUAAAACAGACUAAUUAUCCUAGCUUCGCCUAUGUUUGUGCCGAUUGUAUAUAUAUCUGUACGCAAAUUUCGUUCUUAUUUAUACUGUAUUUAAAAUUAUUAAUAUUUAUAUUAUGGAAAAUAUUGUUUGAAAAGAGCACUAUAAUCUCAUUUACAUUCCACACAAUUGGGUUCAUGGAAUUUAUAAUUAUACAUAUAGGGUAAGUGACAUGUUAGGAUUGUAGUGAAUUCCGUUAAAGAUUGCACUUAUAAGAAUCAUAUUGGUUGGAAUGAGUUAAUGCAAACAAUGCAGGUAGUCAAUGUAUAACAGUGUAAUAAAUAUAAAGUAAAUAAAUAAAAACAUUUUAACAAUUAUGGAAUAAUUAUUUUAACUAAAACUGAAUUACAUAUAUACAAAAGUAUUAUUAUUCAAAUGAUGUAUUAAUAUAUGUUUAAUCAUUUUCCGAUUUUAUUAUUUAGAAGGCUCUUUAGGAUUACAAUGUCAAUAAAUAUCUCAGAUAUUUAAUAUAUUUCCGAACAAUUAAAUAAAAGUUAUUUUUCUAAUUUUCUUAUAUGGUACGUUAUUAAUGAUCAUGACACCUAAAUAUUAUUGGUAGUUUUAAAAUAACGAAUGAAGCAUACUAUGGGCGGAAUAAACAGUUAAAACAUUUUUAAGUCAAUGCUAUUAAUUAGUUUGGUCAUAUUAUUAUAAAAUAAAGUUAGGAAAAUUAAUACAUCUCCGACUAUAUAUAAUUUUUUUUCAUGAAAAUUUAAUAAAUAUAUUUAUAAAACAAUCUUUGCUGAUUUAAUUAUGUAUUAAGAAAUACUGAGUUUUAACGCUAGUUGAUUGCAAUUACAUAAA